AUUUUCAGAUUCGUACCGACAACACUCUGGGAUCUGUGGACGCUGACAUCUUCAUUUUAAUACUACAAUAUUCUAGAAUAAAUAUAAAUGAGCAAUUAGUCAUUUAAUUAGUUAGUAAAGGCUAUCUACAGUGCGAACAUGUGAGCUAUUAGUUAUUAAUAUGUUUUGAUAUGUAAUGCCCUGCCUUAUUAACACUGUAUAAAAGUUAGAAUGGCAAAUACUAUAGCUAACGUUACUCGUUUUGAACAUUAAGAAACUGCUUUGCAAGAAUAGUCAUAAUAGUAAGAAGUCCAGCACUCAAUAGUAGUAUCUAGCAAGCAAGCAAGCAUGUCUGAGUCCGGUCACAGUCAGCCCGGUUUGUACGGACAGGGAAGGAGGAGGAGACGACGGCGAGACCGAGACCCAGGACCGCCUGGACAAAACCUCUCCGGCCCCAGUCGGGAUCGAGACUAUGUUCCCCGUGAGCGCAGGGAUGGGAGUGAGGAAGCUACAGGACCUCAUCUACAGAAGACCCCCAUUAUUCUGGCUAAACCUCCUGGAGAGAGAAUAAGUUCCAAACCAAGUGCUCCAGCGACUGGAGCUGUCGCAUCUUUGGAAAAGCCGAUCAUGCUCAUUAAGACCAGAGAUGAAGGGGGGAAACCUGGGAACACUGCUGAUGUGCCUCCUUCAACCUCAGGUGCAGGAACUGUCAAACUGGAGAGGGAAGGUCAGCGGCCAACUCAACCUGUGUAUCAGAUCCAGAACAGAGGCAUGGGCUCAGCUGCGUCCGGUGGAGCUGUGGAUCCUGUGAUUGGCCAGACUAAGCUCCUCCCCCCUGAGAAGAUGAAGCACAGCAUUAAGCUGGUGGAUGACCAAAUGAAUUGGUGUGACAGCGCUAUGGAGUAUCUGCGAGAUCAGACGGAUAUGUUAGUAGUUGGAGUUAUUGGGCUACAAGGCACUGGCAAGUCCACAAUCAUGUCUCUCCUGUCUGCAAACAGCCCUGAGGAGGACCAGAGGGCGUAUGUAUUCAGAGCGCAGACGCAGGAGAUCAAGGAGAGAGCUGGGAACCAGAGCAGUGGAAUCGAUUUCUACAUCACUCAGGAGAGGGUCAUCUUUCUGGACACGCAGCCAAUUUUGAGCCCUUCUAUUUUGGAUCACCUGAUUAACAAUGACCGCAAGCUUCCACCUGAAUACAACCUCCCACACACUUAUGUGGAGAUGCAGUCUCUGCAGAUCACUGCCUUCCUCUUUACUGUAUGUCAUGUUGUGAUUGUGAUUCAGGACUGGUUCACUGAUAUCAACUUAUAUAGGUUUCUGCAGACUGCUGAGAUGCUGAAACCCUCGACUCCCUCUGCCAGUCAUGACAGCACCGGCUCCUCAGGGGCAGAUGAUGGCUCUGAGUAUUACCCCCACAUAGUUUUCUUGCAGAACAAAGCGAGGAGGGAGGAGUUCUGUCCAAGAAACCUGAAGAAGAUGCAUAUGGCUGUUGACAAGCUUAUGGCCCAUUCCCACUUAAAAUAUAAAGGCACAUUAUCCAUGAUGGAUUGUAACAUAUUCCCUGGACUGAGUCGAGAUUACUUGGAGGCAGAAGUCAAUCUUUUCCUCUUACCUAUGAUGGAGAAUGAUGGGGAAGAUGCUUUGACAAGAGCAGGUUCAGGCCCCCCUCUUUUCUCUCUGCUGCCUGGUUACAGAGGUCAUCCCAGCUUUUCUUCACUGGUUUCUAAAUUCCGCAGUCAGAUCCUGGCCAUGUCCCGCAGUCAGCUCUCACACACAAUCCUCACUGAGAAAAACUGGUUUCACUAUGCAGCUAGAAUUUGGGAUGGAGUUAAGAAGUCAUCUGCACUCUCUGAGUAUAGUCGGCUGCUGUCAUAGUCAGGAUGGUGUCAAGAAACCUGUGAGAUCAUUGUUAAAGAGGACUGGGCCUCUUCUCAGAUGAUUUCAGGAGGCAGUUCUCAAAGAGAAUUAGUGCAGUAGCACUAAAUGAGGUUUAACCAGAGUGUUUUGUGAGGCCUGGAUCACAACAGUGGGGUGUUUUGAAUUGUUUGAGUUUUUUUUUUUUUUUUAAUGAAAACUAGCAGGUGCCAGACAAGGACCAUUCAGUCAUUUGCUAAAACUCAUUGUUAUUGCAAGAGGUGACGUGCAAAGAUUCAGUGAUGUUAAAUUUUUUCUUUAUGUAGUAAAUAUGUGAUUUUUUUUAUUCAGCUGAUGUAAAUAAAACAGUAUGAUACAGCGCACGUUUCAGAAAUAUGUGUUUGUAUAAAAACUUGCAACUUAGAUGCAAUUGCAGCAUGAUUUUUCUGUGUAAAUGUUUCAUAAGAUCAGAACUAAAAAUGUAAUUUGUUUCA